AGCCUGGCGCGGUUUCGGAAUUGCUGAGCUCGAGGCUCCAGCGGCUUCCCGGGAGUCCGCGGCCAGAAACCGAAGGCGGACCGCAGAUCAAGCCCAACGACGCGCGCGGCUCCCGGCGUCGCCCUUUAAUGCCGUCCGGCGCCCGGCGCAGUACGUCACACGCCGCCUGGCACGGAGGCGGGACUUCCGGGCGUGCGGAGGCACAACUUCCGGAGGGAGGCGGAAGAGCCUCCAGGUUGUACGCUCUGGAGUCCCGGGACCGCUGAGGGGCCGCUAGGGGUACAGGAAAGGGCGACUGAGAGCAGGCCGGCCGCACACAGGGUGUCUGUGCCGCGAGUCUGAGGGAUGAGGAGGGGCCAUGGCCAGCGACGGGGCCAGGAAGCAGUUCUGGAAGCGCAGCAACAGCAAGGUCCCAGGCAGCAUCCAGCACGUGUAUGGAGCCCAGCACCCGCCCUUUGAUCCGCUGUUACAUGGCGCCUUGCUCAAGGCCGCGCCCAAGGUGCCAACCACGCCGGUGCGGGCCAAGAGGGUCAGCACCUUCCAGGAGUUUGAGAGCAAUACCAGUGACGCCUGGGACGCCGGGGAGGAUGACGACGAGCUCCUGGCCAUGGCGGCGGAGAGCCUCAACACCGAGGUGGUCAUGGAGACGGCCCACCGGGUGCUGCGCGACCACAGCCAGCGGCGGGGGCAGCCGGCACUGCAGGAGGCCCCGGGGCCGGAGCAGAGGCUGAAGCCUGAGGCAGAGCCGCCUUCGGCCCCAGGUGACCUGCGGCUGGUGAAGUCUGUCAGCGAGAGCCACACAUCCCGUCCCGCAGAAAGUGCCGGUGAUGCUGUCCCUCUGCAGAGGUCCCAGUCUCUUCCACAUUCGGCCACCGUCGCACUGGGUGGGACGUCCGACCCGAGCACCCUCAGCAGCUCAGCGCUGAGUAAGAGAGAGGCCUCCCGGCUCGACAAGUUCCAGCAGCUGCUUGCCGGCCCCAACACAGACCUCGAGGAAUUGCGGAAGCUGAGCUGGUCUGGGAUCCCUAAGCCAGUGCGUCCAAUCACGUGGAAGCUUCUCUCGGGUUACCUUCCUGCCAAUGUAGACCGAAGACCAUCCACUCUCCAGAGAAAACAAAAAGAAUAUUUUGCUUUUAUUGAGCACUAUUAUGAUUCUAGGAACGAUGAAGUGCACCAAGAUACAUAUAGACAGAUCCACAUAGACAUCCCUCGGAUGAGCCCUGAAGCAUUAAUACUUCAGCCCAAGGUGAUGGAGAUUUUCGAAAGGAUCUUGUUUAUAUGGGCGAUCCGUCACCCUGCCAGCGGAUAUGUUCAGGGGAUAAAUGACCUCGUCACUCCUUUCUUUGUGGUCUUCAUUUGCGAACACAUAGAAGCAGAGGACGUGGACGCCGUGGACGUCUCCAGCGUGCCCGAGGACGUGCUGCGCAACAUCGAGGCCGACACCUACUGGUGCAUGAGCAAGCUGCUGGACGGCAUUCAGGACAACUACACCUUUGCCCAACCUGGGAUUCAAAUGAAAGUGAAAAUGUUGGAAGAGCUCGUGAGCCGCAUUGACGAGCAAGUCCAUCGGCACCUGGACCAGCACGAGGUGAGAUACCUGCAGUUUGCCUUCCGCUGGAUGAACAACCUGCUGAUGCGGGAGCUGCCCCUCCGCUGCACCAUCCGCCUGUGGGACACCUACCAGUCCGAGCCCGAGGGCUUUUCUCAUUUCCACUUGUACGUUUGCGCUGCUUUUCUCACGAGAUGGAGGAAAGAAAUACUAGAAGAAAGAGAUUUUCAGGAGCUGCUGCUCUUCCUGCAGAACCUGCCGACGGCCCACUGGGACGACGAAGACGUCAGCCUGCUGCUGGCUGAUGCGUACCGCCUCAAGUUUGCCUUCGCGGACGCCCCCAAUCACUAUAAGAAAUGAGCCUGGGCCCUUUCUCGGCAGGCCUCGCCGUCCUUCCCGGGCGGCGCCCACCCCUGCCUGGCUGGCGACAGGCCCUCGCGCCAGUCCCGGGACGAGGAAGAGCCUCGCGGGGCAGCCCCGCCCUCCGGGGGAGCUUGCCAGGAUCGGUGCCCAGACUUGGUCCAGGGCUGGCAAGGACGGGCGGCCUCUGUUUCCUGAGAUACCAAAGAGAGCCAGGGGAGGGUGCUGGCUUCUGGGCCCAAAGGUGGGUCGGUAUCCCCCCUCGCCCUCCCCCGGAGCAUCCUUGCCAAAUGACCGCCUGCUGGAACCCCAGCCUGGGCAGCCCGAGAGGCAGAGGCCUGCUGCCUGGGGCCCGGCCAGAGCCAGGUGGUAGCCAUCUCACACCUACUUUGAAAUGCAAAAGUUCUAUUCUGUUGCGUGAAAGAGAAUAAAGUAUAGGAUAGACGACAAGCAGACUCAGUGAGCCGCUGCGCUAGCCUGGGGUCUCUGCUCCCGAGAGCCUGUCACUCCGGCCACGUUCGUGUGGCCGGCCUUGCACUUGGGGGUGUUUUACCUCGCGUGCUCUUGGUCCGAGCUUGGCUAGGAAGCCGACGGCAGGAGCCAAGCCCUGAGCACGCCGAGCUCCCGGAGGCCAUGGGACAGGAGGCCUCUCACAUUCCUGGCUUUCCCCGUCUCUCCUCCUUUAAAAGAGAGAGCCCCCCACCCCCUAGAAGUCCAGGUCAAACCGCCCACCAUGAGGGUCGUCCUCAGACAGAAGGCCCCGUCAGGCAGGGGAUCGCGGCCCUGUGACGAAAGCCCCGAGAGACGCACUUUUCCCACCGCAGCAGAGCUUCUCAGGGACUUGGGGUGCAGCGUGGGCCCGCUGCCGCCCACCCACCCCUGUGCGGUCCCGCAGGCCUGCUAGAGGCCCGACUGCUUGCGCUGCUGCGGGCUGGCUCCUGGGCUCCAAGCACAGAAGGGCCCGGCCCCGGCCUCCGCUGGGGCUGGAUUUGCUGUUCCAGGGGCUUUGGGACUGGCCUUCGCGCAUUCCCCCAUCUGUGUCACGGGCCGCGUGGCCCUGGGGACAUGGACACGCCUGCGGGUGGGGCCACCGCCACAGCCUGUCAGACACCUGAGCCCAUGGCAGGCUCAUGUUCUCAGUGACCCACUCUGACCCCCCUGUCCACUGGUCUGUCCCUCCUUCAGGAGCAGCCGUGCCCCGCCUAGGCACUGGGACACUGGGAGAGCCUGUGGAAGAUGUGGACAUCUGUGGUGUGUGUGUGUUCUUGCUUCUAUAGGAAAAUCUAGGGUCAUUACAUCUGGCAUGGAAAUGAGCACAAAACACUGAGCAAAUGUCAGAUGCUCCCACAUCAGCAGCAGGGACCGGCUUGCCUUAGACAGAUGGCGCAUCCCACCCCCCCCCACCCCACCCCCCGCCUGCUGCCCCACCAAGGGGCCAGGGGCUCCUCUCAGACCAGCCACGCCGCCUCCUCCCCAUCCACCCCUUUUCCGGAUGUGGACCCAGUGACAGUGGCUCUGUGUGCAGGAAGCCCCUUCCCACUCAGCCGAGAUCCACCCCGGGGGCUUCCCCUUCUGUGGCCCACGCUGCACGGCUGGAGUGCAGGGACACACACGAUGCACACCUUGAGGCAGUUUGUUUUCCAGACAGAAAGGACCACCAAGUUGGAGCAAGUGCUGCGUGCAUUUUUACAUGCGUAAAGGCCAGCAGUACUGCACGCGAGGGUUUCGGCGACAGGCCCUGGGUCCAGCAGGUUGAUCUGGACGCAGUGUGCUAAGACCGUGGAAUAGAGACUCGGCGACAGAGCGGCAGCCUGGGCCUGCCAUGAGAGCCCUGGUUCCUCAGGGAACAGGCGCCCCGGCCUGGCCUUGCCACAGCCACAGACAGUCUGAGCCCCAGGCCGCCGCGGUGGACCGAGGACCUCUCGGGGGAGGAAGGUGCACUUGUGCAGGUGGCUGGGGAAGGCCCUUUGCUGGCGGGCAGUGCUCGGCCCCUGCACCGGCCGGCGCGGGAGCUGCAGCAGUGGGGCGGGGGGCCUCCCGUCUGGCCGCAUCAGCCGAGGGCCUGCCGAGGAAAGGGCUGCGCUGGGGGAGGUGCCAGGAUCUGGGACCCAGGACACGUUCCCCUGCUGCCACCACGACGCACACUGAGCCCUCGCCCUGCACCAUAGAAGCAAGGCCCGCCCAGCUGCUACUUCCCAGGGCAGCUUUCGGGGCGCCCCACGCCCCUCUGGAUACCCCCGAGGCAGCUCCCACCCUGGGACCCUCCCACGACAGCACUUCGCUUUCUGCCACCUCGCACUGCCCACUAACUGGGCGUGGGGUGUGGUCCCGUCCCCAUGAGUGGGCUGGUUGUCCCCCAGGGGGAAGCCCGUCCUCCUUGUUCCCCGAGACCCAACAUCAGGCUCAGCUGUGGGUUGCCGUCUGCCUGGGCCUCGUGUUCCGGGCGCGAGCUGACCUCGCUGCUGCCCGCUGUGGUUGGCCAGGUGGAGACAGGCCGUCCCUCCCUGCGGUCACUAAGCAGGCCGUUCUCAGGCCGCCGCUGCGUGUAGAGACAGGCCUCCCUGGUGUCCCCAGCCCCUGCCCUGCACACCGGCCCUGCCCUACCAGGCCCACCCUCGCUUCCCGGCAGUGCUGCGCCUCGCCCCUCAGCUGCGAGCCCCACAGAGGAUGCGGAGUGAGUGCCUGCGGCCACUUCUGUGACUGUGCCAAUGACCUAACCCCGCGUCCCUUUCAUUGGCAAGACGGGCGGAUUACUCUUCUAGGAGAAUAAUAUUAUAUACCCAAAUAAAUUCCAGAGAAGUGGAUUUAAAUAUAAAAAUUAACCCCGCUAUACUCAAAAUGAAAACACAUGGCUAUUCGUCUAACGGGGAGUGGAAAAGGCUUUCUGAGUGUGACACCAGUGGCGAAAACAGUAAAGAAGACUGAUGACAGUUAUCACCCAUAUGCACAAUGGAAACAGACUGCCGUGGCCGCCCGGACUCCAGAACCUCAGGAGACAAAGACCAAUGACAGGUGACACGCUGGGCAGCUGCGUGGGAGACGCAAGUGCCUCGGCACCAGGUCCUUGGGAAUCCGUAAAGAUGGGCACCGCACAGAAGACGGCCCGGAAACAGAAGCGAUGCACGUGGCAAACUGUUCACAUCACUGAUGGUUAAAGAAAUGACGAGAGCCCCAUGCUGAGUGGGUCCCCACGCCAGCUGUGUGACCGGGCUGUAGCAGCAGGAAACUGAUGCUUCUCUCCAGUCUUUACAUUUUUUCUGAAAAUUUUGCGGUGACUUUUUGUUUGUUUUUACGUUUAAACCAUGACGUGGCACAGAAGAGGGGACAGCACGAACCUGGUGCUCGGUGAGUACCGCGAAGGCAGCAGCUGCGUAAGCCAUGGAGCCUAAGUCACGGAGCGAGCUUGCCCGCACGCGGCAGCCCUGCCCGCUCACUGCUUCCCUGCAUGCGCGGCUCUGACUGCUACACCCACUUCCGUUUGCUCAUCUUAAGCUAUAUUAAUGGAAUUGUACGGCAUACACUUUUUUGUGAAUAACUAGUUUUGCUCAGCUGCCCGCCUGCGGGAGUGUCUGUGCGGCCGCGACCGUGCUCACUCUUUCCCGUUGCUGUGUAGUUUUCUGUCGUCUGAGCAGGCUGCAGCCAUCCCCUCUGCUGCUGCUGGACAUCGGGUUGCUCUCAGCGUGGGAGUGUCAGAAAGAAUGUGGCCCGGAACAUUCGUGCGUGUCCCUCGGUGGCCGUGUGCCGGCAGUUCUGUUCCGUGUUCGCCUGGGAGCGGGACUGCAGAGCCGUGUGCAGCGUGUCUUCCACGCUAGGAGACAGUGAUGAACUGUCUCCCAAAGCGGCUUUUCCAACUUGCAUUUCCACCCACAGGUUAUGAUGGUUCUUUUGUCUCCAUAUCCUCCCAACACUUGGCGUGGUUGGUCUUGGGCCUUCUUUCUGGUGGGUGUGUCCCAUUGUCUCCAUGUCCUUGUCCUCCCCACAUGCCCAGAGAGUAGUACCCGUGGCCCCCUCACAACUCCUGCCAUGGGGCAGCUCUGUUUCCUUCUUCCUGCAGCCAAAACGGACAGAAAGAGACCUGCUUAGGACAUCUUGCUGUGCUAUUAUCAUAAGCAUUUUCUCAUGUCAUUAAAGUUUUUCAAGAACACAGCUUUAAUGACUGCAUAAUAUGCAGUUGCAUGGAUUAACAUAAUUCAUUUAUUCCCUUAUUAUACAUCAAAUUGCUUCUAUUUUUUUUCCUAUUGCAAAUGAUGCUGUGAUGAAUGUCCACAUUUCUGAACACUCUUCUACACUAGAUUUUUAGUGAUCGGACUCUUCAAUCAUGAUUGCUGAACACGUGAAUCAGCGAAGCAGCCCCACCCCCAGCCCCAGCGGCUCGAAAUCGGUGGCUGAGGAUCUGCUCGUCUGGUUUCCUUUGGAAUGUCCUAGGAAACACAAGCUUAAGAAAUGAUCUAAACGUUUAAGGAUAACUUCUUAAAGAAUAAAAACCGAGUGUACAACUUCCGGGCAGGGCAGGGAAUGAACAAAAUUGAAAAGGCAAGAAAAGUGGAAGGAAAAGCACAAAGAUGGUGGGUGAACAGGAAGCAUUGCCGCGACCCAGGCAAGUUCAGACACGAGUGAUCGUGAUAAGGACACAUUAUUUUAAAUUCAUCUUCAAAAAGACAUACAUUAUACCUUUUAGAAACUCCAUAACACCCAACAUCAUGCUAGUGACAAGAGAUACACCAAAACCAAAAUUUGUGUUUAUAUUUGAACUGAAAGUAGGAGGAAAAAAACAUGAGGAAAAUACAAAAAAAAAAGUGGUUGGGUAAUAUCUGUACUCCUCCCUAAAUCAUAUGGGAACAGUAUUAACAAGAGCUAAGAGGUGCUUCAUAUCCUCAAAAGAACCACAGUUGUGGACCUUGGUAAAUAUAACAACAGAACCUCAAAGCAAAGAUUGAUACAAUUUUGAGGAAAUACUGACCCUGAUCCAUAGUACAACAGGACGUUUUGACACAUCUGCAGAAAAUGAUGAACCAACGGGAAAAGAACAGUUAAAAAA